AUGUACAUGUGGGGUGCUUGUGGGGCACCCAGUGUGGGGUGCCAAUCUAAUUUCAUCUCUCCCAUGAAUUGGGAACAUCUCCUUAUGACAAACUUAGAAGAUGUUCCUAAUGCACAAGGGGGAAGAGUGUGGGACACGCUCUGUGGGUUCUCAGCUGUGGCCUCAAGGUUCAUAUUCUGGAUUAGUUACUUCAUAUUCUGGCUACUUGUUCAUCCAAAGAAGGUAGAAUGCCAUGUUGUUAAUGCUUCCUUCGUUGAAUUCAAUCAGUCAACUGAUGGGAUGCUUCAUUACAAUCUGGCGCUUAACAUGUCUCUGAGGAACCCAAACAACAAGCUUGGUAUCUACUACUCUCAGAUUGAGGGGAAUGCCUACUUUCACAAACUAUUGAUCGGUAACGUGACACUGAUACCUUUUCAUCAAGGCCACAACAACACUUCUAUUCUGAAUCCUGUCUUCAAAGGUGAAUCACCGGCAUUGCAGGAUACCUCCCAACUUGAUAAUUUCAAUGCAGAAAAGACUGCUGGCAUUUUCCAAGUUGAAGUUGAGCUACUACUACGAACAAAGUACAGGGUUGGAUUCUUGAGUUUUUCUGGCUAUGACCCGGAGAUUAAAUGCGAAUUGGGGGUUCCUUUGGUUUCAAAACUCAACUUAACCAAAAGGUUUCCAACUACUAAAUGCAAUGUUGUAAUCCAAUAUGGGAACUGA